AGUUUAUGGAAAAACCCCAUUUGUUUUUUGGCGAGGUCUCCAUUGACGUCACGGUCACGUGGUCAGACUCUUCCCAGAGUUCCUCGCUCCGCGCAUGCGCGCUGUCCUUUCCUCAUCCGGUUGUGGAUCGAAGAGCAUCAUCCGAACUCAUCAUGCAGCUGUUCCUGCGCGCUCAGACUCUUCACACACUCGAUGUGUCUGGACUCCAGACCGUCCGUGAUCUCAAGGCUCAUGUGCAGGCUCUGGAGGGGGUGUCAGUGGACGAGCAGGUUCUUCUUCUGGCUGGAUCUCCUCUGGAGGACGAUGUCUCUCUUCUGGACUGUGGUGUGUCCGAGCACUGCACUAUCGAGCUGACCGCCAGACUCCUGGGAGGUAAAGUCCACGGAUCUCUGGCUCGCGCCGGUAAAGUAAGAGGACAGACUCCCAAAGUGGACAAACAGGAGAAGAAGAAGAAGAAGACGGGCCGGGCCAAGCGUCGCAUCCAGUACAACCGCCGCUUCGUCAACGUGGUGCCCACCUUCGGCAAGAAGAAGGGUCCCAACGCCAACUCCUAAACCAGCUCGACUCGCUCGGAGAAACUGAUCAUAAUAAAGAUUCUCUCUGAACUCUGA